GCACGUGUUGCAGUUUACUAUUAGCAGAUUUUAUGAUAGUUCGCUUAUAUAAGUUAAGAGACAACGUACGUUCAUAAAUUGUUAUUUAAACUGCGAUUUUUAUCGCCUGUCUACGUCAUGAAAAUUCGCACCUUAAUCGAAUUCCGGUAACAGCCGCCUGGAAACCCAUGAUCCUGUACAAAUCCGUUGUUGUUGCUUGAACGGUGACUGAUUCGAAGAACAAUCGCUGUAAAAAGUGGUUAGAAGCAGCAAGGAUGAGCGACGAUCAAGCAAACGAACUUGCUCAAACGCUUGAGUUGUCUUCCAAUGACAUUGAAAAGUUAGAGGAAGCAAAGUUGAGGGCAAAGUUUCCAAAUACAGGACGACCAAUUAGUGGACAUUCGGCGUUUCUACAAAAGAGGCUAGCUAAAGGGCAAAAAUAUUUCGAUUCCGGGGAUUACCAAAUGGCAAAACAAAAAUAUACAGCUAAACCAAAGCCAGCUGGUGUUUUGCCAACAGGUGAUGCUAUACCUACGCCUGAAACUGUACCACAACGAAAAACAUCUAUUAUUCAACAAAAAUUUAACACAUCCACUACUUCAUAAAUUACUGUAAUAUUUACAAAAGUAUUGCAACUCCAGUGAUAUGGUGCGAUCGUAUGCAAUCCGAAUUUUAAACAACCCAGUGUCUUUAUAUUUUGUAGACGAUAUUAUUUUAAAUGUCUAGUUUCUAUAAUAUUUCUGAGAUGCCUGUUCGAUGAUCAGAGCUUUGAUGCAAAAAUUUUAUGUUUACAGUAGCAUAUAUUAUUGUUAAUAAUAUGUGCACGCUGGGAAAGCAUUUUUUGAGAAUUGUUUUUGAAAAUCCUUAAGGCACUUAAAAAAAGAUUGAAUUGUAACUUAUAAUAUAUUUUUUGACAUUAUCUAUUAAACAAUAUAGUUUUGACCUUUCAUUUAUUAAAAAUGAAAGUAUCAUUAUUUAAAUAACACUUACAUAUUGUUUAAUCGUUUGAGUUAUUUUUAUAGGCAACAAUAAAUUUGGAUCUUAGAUUCGCAAUCACGAAGGUAGAAAUUCAAAAUUUGUUAUAUAAAUAAGCAAUGAAGCUAGGUAUUUAGGAAUACAAGGGAAAAAAUAUGUUUGGUGACAAGGGAUGAUGAUGUAAAUGUAACCACUUGUAUAUGCAAUAGAAGUUCAGGAUAAGACAUUUUACAGAUCUGCAUUUCCAAAGUUGCUGUGAUGCGCUUAGUAAGACUAUUUUCUUAUAAGAUGUCAGGUUGUAAUAAGAAUCUGUAUGUAGCAUAAAACAAUCUUAAAUAUAGCAAAUGUUUUGGUUAUUGUAAACUAUAUUAGUAAUAUAUUGCAAUUUAAACAUAAUAAUAUUCG